AUGAAUGUAGAAUAUCAUAAAUAUCAUAAUCCAAUGCAAAAAAUUGUACAAAAUAUAAGAAAAAGGAAAAGUUGUGUUGGUAUUAUAAUUGGAAUAUCACUAUUUCUUCAAUAUAUUAUUAUAUCGGUUGAUGCUCAAAAUCAACCACCUACGCUAGGAAGAUGGGGUCACGCGGCUGUUUUAAUUAACAAUAGUCUUUAUGUAUAUGGAGGUAAUAUUGUAUCAAAUCCAACAGUAGAAGUAUUAGAAGAUGUAUCAGUAAAUACAAAUGUAUUAAUGUCUUUAGAUAUUACAAGUCAAUUUGAUAUAAAAAACCCACCAUGGGUAUUAUUAUCAAGCGGAGAAUUAUCUUUAGCAUCCCACACAUGUAAUAUAGGAGGAAAUCAAAACGAAUUAUUAUUUUUGUUUGGGGGAGAACCAAAAGAACAAGCAACAAAUACAUUAUAUGUAUAUAAUACAAAAGAAAAAAAAUGGGUGACUACUAGUACUCCUAUAGAAAACAGUCCUCCAAGAAUAAUUGAUCAUACAAUGGUAACAAGAUUAAAUGAUUCGAUUUCUUAUUUAUGGGGAGGAACUCCUAUAGGUGAUCAACAACGCGUUACUGCAUUAGGGGAUUUAUACAAAUUAAAUACAAUAGGAACAAUUUCAUGGGAAAAUUUACCAGAUGCUAGCCAAAUUGCGGUUGGUAGAUUUCAACAUUCUGCCACCUUGUUAAAUGAUGGUAAAAUGUAUAUCAUUGGAGGGUCAUUAUCCGGUGUUACAGGUGGUGAACAAUCUAUAUUGGCAUCAAUAACAGAAAUUCCCGUAUAUGAUACAAAUGCAGCAACCUGGACGGUUCAAAAUGCCGCAGGAAUUCCCCCAAACCCAAGAAAAUUACAUAGAGCAGUUGGAACAGCGGAUGGUAGAAUUAUUAUAUAUGGAGGAGUCACGGCAAAAUUUGAUCAAAUUUUUGACGAUGUGGCAGUAUUAAAAACAGGAGGAAGUGGAUUAGAGUGGUCAAUCCCUCAAAUAUUGGGAGACAAGCCACCGGGAAGAUACUCUCAUACAAUGACCAUGGUUGGAUCAAAAGUAAUUGUUACUUAUGGUAGGGUAAAUGAUUUUACAUUUGGAACAAAAUUAUUUGUUCUUAAUGCUAAGAAUACUGACACAUAUACAUGGGAAUCAACUUAUACUCCUAUUGAUCUCGAGUUAACUAAUACAAUCCCUGACGCGACUAGAACUGAUCCAAAUGGAACAAAUGGUGGUACAGAAAGCAAUUCGAUUUCUGAAAAUAAUUCCGGAAGUAACUCAAACAUAAUCAUCGGAGCAAGUGUUGGUGGUUUAGUACUUUUAAUUAUUAUAACGGUAUUAAUCUGUUUAGUUAGGAGGAGGAGAAAGAAGCAACAUUCAUUUGCUGCUACGCCUUAUGAUAAACAACAAGCGUCAGUACCUCCAAUUGCUGGUCAUGCUCCAUUACACAAUUUGAAUUAUGCUCCAUCAUCUUUGUCACAAGGUGGUGCUGGUGGAACUACUAACGUUACCGACGUUACUUCAUUUACUCCUCCAUUUGCGACUCAAAAUUCUGUUGCUGAAAGAAGAAAUUUAACGCCUGUAGAUCAACAUGAUUCUUGGGGAUCAGCUCCAAGUAAUAGUUCACAAUCUCAAUUAGCUCACAAUACUCCGUAUUAUGCAACCGAUUUUCUCUCUAGAGGUGAUGCUACGGCUGCAAAUACGAAACCGCCAUCUAAUUUACGUUUAGAUUCUGAUUCAAAUACAGCUCCUGCUGAAUUUGAUUUUAAUUUACCUCCUGUAGCUCCAUUAUCAAUUAAUCUUUCAUCUCCAACAGAAAUGGAUACAUCAGAAACAACAUCAUCUUCAACGGAUGAAGGGGGAGGUGUUGGUGGUUUAUUUAAUAGUCCAUUAUUCCGUACAGAAGCAUUAUCUGCAUUAGCUGGUACUGCUUCUGCUGCUGACAGAACAUUAAGUUUAAGGAGUGUUCCUAGGUUAAAUACUUCGGGAACUCCAAGGAAUAGUGCUACCUUAUCUUCACCCCCUCCUCUUUCAGCUGGUGGUAGGCUAAGAAGUGGUACUUGGGAUGGUCAAAAAAACACUUUUGAAGGUGGCAUAACUGGCAGUAAUAAACCGACCUCUCCUAUUGAUAAUAGUACCUCAGAUAAUAAACCUCCAAGAGGAAGAUUAUUUGCAGCAAAACCUGAUUCUUCUGACGAUAGUGACUAA